UUUUUUCAAAAUUUCAAGUUUCACGGCGGUUGCGAGGAAGAGAAGCCGAGAAACCAUGGCCGCGCUCCCACGCUCUACCUUCAGGAAUUCCGGGAAAAUUUCUCUGCUAUGGCUUCCAUUCCUUCAGAGAGAGGUUGGUUGUCUUCUUCAUCUUAUCUUGUCUGUUUCCGAUCUCUUUAGCCUUCGAAUGUAAAAACAGUGCUAUAUAGACUCGAUCUGUCGGAAUUGGUGUUCGUGUCGGAAGUCGUGAUUUGGUUUGUACGAUGCUGUUGUUUCCGAGGUUCCUUUGGUAUGUGUUUUUCUAUCGAGAUACACACGCAUACGUAUGCGUAAUGUAUAUAAAUUAAUUUGGGACGGGUAAAGGAAGUGGAGUCAGAUUCUUCACUAUUGCUAUUAUCAACAUGGCGUGGAUCUUGUAUGUAUGAGCGUGGGCCAGUGUUGUUUGAUUGUUCCAUGAAAAUUUUGCCCGCAGUUUGAAUGCCCUUUAUAUUAUUUCGCUGAGAUUUGAAAGGUGACUUGAAUAUUUUUGUUUGAAUUUGAAGAAAAAUUUAAUUCAGAACCUUGUGUUACCUGGACCACUGAGUUGAGGUGAUUCGCCAUCUAACUAAUUCGUUGGAGUCCCUGUAACCAGAAUUCCUUAGAUAUUGUAUUUCUGCUCAAGUCUGAAAUCAACUGUGCACAUGUUCAAUUGUUGAGGGCUUUACUUGAGGGUGUACUGAAUUUCUUUAGCAACUUUGUGAGCCCAUCUUUUGUAGUAGUACUUUGUGAUGAACAACAAUUUCUCUAUUGUGCAUUGGUUGGUUGGUAGACCUAGUAAGUAUCUGCUGUGACAUUGUUAAAAAUGGUUACAUGCUCCCCUAGGAAACAUUAGUACGGUUUGUGGUCGGCUGAUUGAUUCACGCAUCACUGAGAUGCCAAAUGUGUUUUCAGCUUCUCUCAAGUUUUCGCUGUACACAAAAAAAUGUGAUAACUCUCCUUCUUGAAGUUCAACGUUGCACAAACGAGGUGAAGUUUCAUUUUACCAGAGUUGUCGAAUAUGUAUAGGUUGUAGGAUCCGCGUUUGUUUUAAGCUGUUUGUUUACGUGACAAUAAGAUGCAUCAUCGCUCAUUCUUUCUCCCCUUGUUUGCUUUAUCAUUUUUGCAUGACUCCAACCGUCUCUUCCAGAAAUAGCAAUCAAAGACGUCCACCUGCGAGCAGUUUUUCCCUUUUGGAAAGUCGAUUUUGACGAUUUUAGAUACUUGAACCAUAACAGGAAACUGCUUUGAUAUGUAUAUGCCUCGAUCUCCGCAGUUAUUUGGCCCUUUAACAUCUGACUCCAUGCGUUAUUCUGUAUUGGUUAAGUUUGUUAUUAAGAUUUUUAUGUUCCCAUUGGCCAGAAGGAUUAAUGUACUUCAGGGCAUUACACAACUAAAAUGGGCUUUGUGGUUUGUCCAGUGAAAUCAUUCCAGAUGAACUGCCGUGUUCGUUUUAAGGUAAUACUGAACUAUAAAACUAGAUUUAAGCUGCCCUGACUGCAUAUGUUCCUGUGGAUUAUUAUUGAGUUGUGAUUUCAGACUACAAUAAAGUUUUUUAUUGUUUAAUGACUAAUUGCUGGAAACUUUUCUUUGCUGAGAUGAUAUAUGAUGCAUAAUCUAUGGUUGAUAUUAUAUAUAUCAUAUAUGUGUGUAUAUAUAUAUUGUGCGGAAUAUCUAAGCUAAUCAUGCACGAUAAUGGCCACAGGACAGAUAAUAACUAUGUGCAGCUUAAUUCGUAAGCUUUAUAUUCUUACUCUACCUACAUUUGUGGACUAUGUUAUCCAAUAGUUGUUGAACAUUUGUUAACAUGGCUUAUUUAGGCUCUCCCCUCAGUCCAUUGAUAUAUGUUUUCUUUUUGGGUCCAACUUGAAAAGUUAAGAAGUGGCACAUAAAGGUAUCAAUAACGUAGUCAAAAAGAUGGUGGAUGGCUUUGUUUAUGCAAAUGUUUGCCAUGAGAUGCAUAACAUACUCUGUAAUACAUAUGUGAAAGCGUAAGGCUUAAGUUUAGUCUCCACCCAAAUUGAAAUGGAAUGACCUAUUCUCGCUUCCAGAUCCUCCAUUAAGUUGAAACAAAUAACUAAUAUUGAUGGAUUGCGAUUCGAAUUUCAGUCUCUCGCUUUUUCAUCGUGGACUUGAACAAAGUGAGUUAUAAAUGUCAAAAUAUAUUCUGAUUUUAGUUUGAUGCAUUUGCUUCUGUCAGCUGUCUCACUUAAUUAUUGAAAUCUUACUAUAAAAGCAGCUUUUUGUAUAAGGACACACUGAAAAGCAUGCUCGUUUCGAGUGGCCAAAGGGUGCUAUGCUUCUUUCUUCUCUUGUAUGCGGUGGUUCAGAAUUUAGGACCACUUGUGCUGAUCAAGGCUCAAUAUCUAGAUAUUUCAUAUUUGUCGAAAGAUUACGUCUGCAGGUCAGCUCCUUUUCACUUUCUUAAUUAAUUAUGUCAUACCUUUCUACUCUUGCUUACAUGCUGGAUAUAAAAAAAAAUCCUUAUUUUAUAUUCUUCAUUCAUUCUCAUGUGUGUUAAACUGCACCUUCUUGCUAAUUGCUAAUCCAUCCUUGAUUCCUCCAGAACUGAAAUUCUGUCACAAGAUCUGUUGGAAUAAACUGCAGGUUCUGAAGAUCUUUCACAUAAAUUUGAGAACAUGCAGGAGAAGUUUUUAGUUGCAUCGCAGAGUAGACUGCGGCGAGGUAAAGUGCAAGAAAUCUAUGUUCCACAAACUUUCCUUGUCCUGGACAGCAUUGUAUUUGCAUGGUAAUGUUGUUUCCGUUCACUUCUUUGGUGGCCUAAACACAUGAUCAAAUACUUGGGAAUAUAUCGUAAACUGCUCCUAUCUAGAACUACUGUGAACAAUUUGAGGAGACAAUAUAGGUAUUAAGAUAAUAUAUAUCAAGGUAUCUCCGUACCAACCUUCCUAGUGGUCAUCAAAUUUCAUCAAAAUUUUUAAAUCCUAGUUGUGCUGAUGUGUGCAAUAACUUCAGAAAGAUGCUACGCUGAUUAAAGUGAGCGUAGGGUACAGCACAUGUUGUUAUGCUACACAGUCCAUCAUCAGUCGUAGUUUCUUGUUAUGCUUUACACAUUGCAAACUGAGAUGGCUUUAUCCAUUACAGGAAACCCAGAAUCUCAAAAUCUCUCCGGCCUUCCUCGGAAUAGGAACGGUUUGCCAAUUGCCAUACUAGCUUUCUGUCAUAUAAAGUGGGCGGAAUAUGGAAUUUCCUCGCAUUCAAUACACGACGACGGCGAGUGUAAUUGGGUAAGCGUGUUUUUGACAGGCCUUGGUUUCUUUUUUCCCAUUCUUGCAUAUCGUAGAUGUAUGAUGUGAUCCAUUCACAUUUCAUUUCAUUUCAUGGCCAUUCCUUCCACAAGUGCAUCAAGACACAUUUUUGUUCGCCUUGAUUGAUGCCCAUAAUAGUAGUAGUAGAUUUGGUUCAUGGAGAUUUCAACAUUGGUGGGCUGUUGUUAUCAUGUUAUUAUGGUGGUGGUUUAAGGAUAAACCGACAUAGGUUUUGACCCGGUGAGACAUGAGUCCUUGCUUUGAACAAAAGAAUAUUAGUUAGAAGCAGUCGUUAUCAUAGUGUAUGGAAAUAAAUUCGAUGACUUUUGGUGGGGUUUUUUUUUUCCUGGGAAGGUAAAAUAGAAAGGAAUAGUAAAGGUGGUAACUUUUUCUCAUGUUACUCCCCAUCCGUUUCUCUCUCUCUCUCUCUCUCUCUCUCUAACCACAUUCAAUGUCUUCUCUAGGUCUAGGAAACCCUCUUUUUUUUAAAAAAAAAAAAAAAAUCUUUUUAUGUAGGCUCUUUCUGCCCACAUGAGAGUUGGGACAGUUUUGCUGACUGGUUCAUGUGAUUUUGCUAUUUAAGUCAAAAACUAAAAAUACCCAAGCUUCCCCAUCCGACUAUGGUUUCUGAAAAUUGCAUGUUUUGUUAUUAUUGUAGGUUUUACUAAAGAUUUAAACUUUAUUAUAAAAUCAGGCGACUCAUACAGCAUUACAAAAAGAAAUGUCUUUUGUUUUAACCAUAGGCACUAUACAAUAGUGUUUUUUCUUUGCCUUUUAUUUUUUGGUUCCUCUUGCGUUUUCUAUAUGCAUAUAUAUAUAUAUACAUAUAUUGAUUUCUCAUCUGCAUUGUGUGUCAUAUUUAAAUAUUUUGCAUUAUUCAAGUGGUGGUGUCAAAAGCUCCCUACCCACCUCUCUGCACACGAUACCCCGCUUUCUUUCUUUUUUUUUUUCGCUUUUGGGCACUACAAAUUGGCACCCUCCCCUUCCCUUAUCCCUCAUGCUCAUUUUCAUCGCAUCUCUUCCCUUCUCUCUACUUCUCUCUUGCUUCUUGCUUUCACAUCACAAAUAAACAUCUUAGCCUUUUGUAACCUCCUCUGUUCUUCCUCUGCCUCUGUAUAAUCUGUUGAAUUCCCCCUCUCGUACUAUAUACAGUUAUGGCAACAGUUGUGUAUCAAGGGUUUCAAUCAUGUCUAGAGUCCCACCAACUCAGUGAGCCAAGGGCUCUAAGGCUUAGGUUAUCUGCACCCAAUCCUCACUUCUGUCAACCCCUUGAGUUGGCUUUCAAGUCUUGUUCCCUAAACUCCCCUUGUCCUGACCCUGACUUGGGCGGUUGGAGCUUCCUCCAAGCCCUCUCCCUCGGCUCUCCUCUUUCAAACCCGAGCUCCGAGAAAGAGAAGGCGUAUGUUCAGAGCUCCCCGUCCAAGACUCUCAGUGAAAAGAGCUUGGCAUUGUGCACUGAGAAUCUCGGAAACGAGACAGGCUCUGACAUAACCGACGAUGAUGUCUUCUCGUUAACUUCGCCUCGUGCGGAGGAGACAAGGACGUUGACGAGUCGAGGUUUGAAAAGUAGGAAAGGGAAUGUGGUUCCUAGUUUUCCACCUCCUUUGACGAGUAUGAGAGGUUUCGAAUGUAUUCGGUUGAGGCCCCACCGUGAAGACGGGAGAUUAGUACUACGAGCCACCAAUGAGCCGCCUCGCAACACUUGCUUUCACGCGGAAAGAAGCAACGGCCGCCUUCGCCUCUCCAUCUUGCGAGAUUCUGACCAUUUUGAAAACCAGGAAGAAGAUGAAGUUGAAGAUGAAGAGGAGAGGGUCGAGCCCGAAAACGAGAUUCACACUGCAGAAUGCGACUUGGAAAGAGAAGUAGCAGAAGAAAAACAUGAUGAUGAUGAAGAAAAGCAGACGAUGAGUGUGGAGAAUCAUCUACAAAGGCCUGGAAGGUGUGUUGAAGGCGAUCAAGAUAACAGGGGAUUGCUAAAUUGGGAUCAUUUCUGUGUCGCCACUUCCUAAAAGAAAUAAAAGAAACUCUUUGUUUCUUUCUUCUUUUUUCCCCUUCGAUUUCUCUGUAUUCACAGUUUGGCAAUUGUUUUCUGGGUUUUUCCAUGUUUUUUUUUACUUUUUUAUUUAUAAAUAUUGUGGUUUGCUAA